GAAACAGUUGACCAAUAUUGACUCUAUAUAAAGGUGGUUUGCUCAUUGGUUUUUUCAAUAUCCAUAAUUAAUCUUCAAUAUCCAUAAUUAAUCUACAAUCACAAAAAUGAAAAAUCUCUCUACUUUGCUCAUGAUAGCUCUCCUCUUUUGCGCCGCCAUGCAAGCGUGCACCGCUCGCCCCGAACCGACCUACUUCGCCUCCUUCACAACCUCUCUUGCGGAGACACUUAGUCUGGAAAUGAUAGAAUCAAAACUACACGAUGUGGUGGGAGAGAGCUGCGAUAAAGAAGACGACGAAGAUUGCUUGGUGAGAAGAGCAUUGACCGCUCAUCUUGAUUACAUCUAUACACAGAAGAAAAAUAACCCUUAGCUAUAUAUGUUAAGUAUUCCAACUGUUGUGAAUUACAAAUUAUUCUCACAUGUUACACAUGUGUAUAUAGGAUCAUUGAUUAAUUCAAUUUAUUCUUGUAACGGAAAGGUGUCAAAUUAUUCCCACAUAUUAUUUGUAUAUAUUACAAACUCAAUAUAAAUGACAUAAUUCGUUUAA